AUGGCGCCUUCGAUCGACAAUGUCCCUCCCCAAGCUACGACAGCUGCCGCAGCAGUACCUACAACUACCCCCGACGCUCCCAAACGGGCAGUCUUUGUCCUUUUCGAGGGCACCGGUAAUGAAUUUCGCAAUGAGAGCUAUACAAACGUGGUGCGCAUGCUCCGCCUUCUGCGUAAAGACGACGAAGAGAGGCAGCUUGUGUACUACGGCGAGGGCCUUGGCCGACACAACUUCAACACCGGAGGCACCUUGUCGGGCGGGACGAAGAUGACGAUUGCAGCUCAGGCCCUCUCGAUGGGACUUGGGUCGGCCAUCGCAGAACACAUCCUCGAUGCAUACCGAUGGCUGAUGAAUGUGCACCGUAAGGGCGACGAGGUCUACGUCAUGGGCUUCUCUCGCGGCUCAUACGCUGCUGGCUGCUUUUGCGGCCUACUCGAGUCCAUUGGCCUUCUGCCUCGGGAAAAUACGCAGAUGAUUGCUACGGGCUGGGACAUUUACGCAGAGUACAGCAAGGAUGUGACGCUCGAAACGACGUGGGAGGCAGCACGCAGCUUCCGUACGAGCUUCUCCAAACUCGUUCGCAUUCACUUUCUGGGAAUGUGGGAUUGCGUGGCGUCGAUCGGGACCGGAAACGAGGCGCCGUACGCGUUUCCACAGCACCGGGGCACCGUCCAGCACGUCUAUCACGCCAUGGCCCUUGACGAGGGCCGUAAUCGGUUCAGUGUGCUCCGCUUCUCCGAUCACUUUAGCAACUACCCUCCAUUGUACCGGGCCGUGCAUUCGUCCCAGGCAGACUUCAAGCGGGAAAUUGAGCUCGCAAAGGCCCUCAAGACUGACAUCCACGAGGUCUGGUUCCCCGGCAACCAUACCGAUGUCGGUGGCGGCGGCCACAACGACGUGCUCCUCAAAGAGGCCGUCACACAGUCCCAGUGGCUGGUGGGCGACGACCUCGUCAUUGAAACGGAAAAGCGCGUGCCACACCCUGCCCUUGGCUUCCUGUCGCUCCGCUGGAUGCUCCGGGCGCUGCUGCAGGCAAAGAGCCGCGAGAUCGACAUCCUCCUAGACCCGCUCAUGGCCGCCAUCUUUGAUCUCGAGCUGUCGUACGGCCUACAGCGCGACACGACGUCGGUGGACCAGAACGUGUGGCCGGCUGAGCACCUCGCCUACCUCCGCUCGACAUCGAGCGCCGAGGACCGUGAACGAGCAACCGUGGCCCACCGUGAUGUGCUCGAUGCUCCAAAAAUCGAGAUUGAACUCGCGACACUGAAGCUUCGGAGCGCAUUCGGGUACGAGCCUGGCUCCGGCUUCUCGGGCUGGGCCAUGAGCAAGUACUGGGGAGUGCGAGAGGUGGCAGACUGGACGGUGGGAGAGGAAGCAACUGGACGCCAUCCUCGAUGA